AUGGAGCACCAAUCGAAGAGAACAAGACGAUCUACAGCUUCUUACAGACCAUCUCCAGACACUGCAUCCACUGCCAUGAGCGAUCCCUCCUCGUCCUCUUCCACACCUGUGGCCACUGCAAGUGGAUCGGGUUCUUCUGAAAGAUACAGCUUGCGUAAACGACAACCAGUUCCCGAGAAUAGUGAUGAUAGCUCGUCUAUGAAGGAUGAUAGCAAGAAGCGUAAGCACAGUGGGCGUCAAGUAUCCAAAAAGCGCAGCAAGACAUCAUCAAGUACUACUAGUAGCAGUGGCAGUGGUGGAGGUCGUACUAGUUCGCGCAAAGGCAAAGGGAAAGCGACUGCAGCAGCAGCAUCGGCUUCUACUGAGACAACAACAAGAGACCCUUCAUGGGAAGUGAACACCAACAAGGAACCCAAAACUCGGUCAGCUCCGCUUAAAAACCAACCUCUUGUGUCAUCAUCACCACCUUUAUCAGUUACCACCACACCCAAACCAACAGCUACCAUUCAACAACAACAAAGUGCACCUACCAACGCCAAUGUUCCAAAUGCAAUGACUACGCCUACACCUGCAGCUUAUCCACAAUAUCGUUCAUUAUCGGAUAGUGAAGAAGAGGAUGAGGAUGAGGAAGAAGAUUGGGUUGAUCCAGUUGCACUUGUACCUCGCUCAACAACAACGGCUCAUGUGCAUGACGAAUAUGAGAAUCUUUAUCGACUUCAAGGCAUCUAUGGAUUGCAUGACACGCAUUCACGUCUUGACACGUUGAUUCAAACCCUCAAGCAACAAACGGGUGAUGGCAACAACAAUGGAUCAUCACAUCUUGCCGCACUUCAAGAACUUGCAGAGAUCCUCUCGGUCAGCAAUGAGGAAACAUUGGCUGGUACAAUUCACUGCAGAGAUUUGGUGGUGACGUUAUUGGAGAUACUCAAAGGAUCCCCUUCUUCCACCUUGGAUCAUGGCAUGGAUGAGCAAAUGAUGUUGGCAAUGUUGGCGGAGGAUCCCAUGAUGGACUUAUCAGCUGCUACCCAAGGUGGUGGUCAAACGACUGAAAAGAUGAUCUUGGCUUGUCAAUGUCUUUCGAAUUUAUUGGAUGCUCUUCCUCCUGCGGCUUCUAUUGUUGUUGCCAAUAAUGGUGUACCUGUACUUUGCGACAAGCUGGAACCGAGCGACUACAUUGAUUUGCAGGAACAGGCACUUUAUGCUUUGGAAAAAGUGUCCAUCCAAUUUCCUCAAGAUGUUGUACGCGGUGGUGGUCUCAAUGCAGCCGUCAAGCACUUUCAUUUCUUUACGAUUCACUUUCAGCGUAGUGCUUUGCAAACAGCUUCCAAUUGCAUGCGUGGUAUCGAGAUUAUGGACGAUGAGGUUUAUGCAGAGAUUCAUCAAGUGAUCGACAUAUUGAAAGAGACGCUCUCUUAUCCCGACCAAACAGUGGUUGACCUUACUUGCUUAUGCUGGGCUCGAUUGAUCGAUAGCUGCGGUGCCGACAAAGUGAGAAUAGAACAAUUGAUCACGCCUCAACUCUUGGAAAAGUUGAUUCAGCUGAUUCCUGUCAAUGGCAGCAACAACAACGCUGUACGCCCUUCGGCUUUCAAUUAUCUCUUACGCAUCUUUCGUGCUAUUUCUCGCCACUCUCCUCAUCUCACUUGUCAGGUUUUGGAUCUUGAUAUCGCCUCCAAGUUUUAUCAAAUCAUCACUGGUGCAUCCUCUAUGCCUGACGAUAUCACCGAGCAGAUUGUCAACAUCACCAUGGAUACCAAAUGGCGUGAUACCGUUUCAACUAUCCUCAAAAUCAUUGUGGAUCUUUUACCCCCUCUUCCAAAAGACUUUUGGAGUGCCGAUCGAUUACUCAACACUGCCCCUAUUGCUUCACGAACACGAUCAUCACAAGCAUCGACAACCAGCAUUACCCCUCCUCUUGUACUUCGACGAUUCUCCAAUGGCAACAGCAACAACAGCAGCAGCAGCAACGAGAAUAUGAGCGUCCAUAUCAGACUCUUGAAAAGAAAGCCAGAGCUACUUGAACGCAUGGGCCGUAUUCUAUUACCUUUGUUGAUUGAAGCAUACACAUCCAUGGUGAACGUGGCACUGAGAGAGCAAAUCACCCAUGCAUUGGCCAAGAUCAUUUACUACUGUGACAAGGACACAUUACGACGCAUCACCACCAAUGUCCCUCUCUCUGAAUUCUUGGUUGAGAUUCUCACACAAAGAGACCACGAGUUGUUGGUAAUGGAUGCUCUUUAUCAAGCCGAAUUGCUUGUUACCAAGGUCCCGGAUGUCUAUUACAGCGUGUUUGAGAUUGAAGGCGUGCUUCAUGAGAUUGAUACCAUUUCUCAAAAGUCCAUGGCAACGACUGCUGAUAUUCCAUUACAACAUCCACCACCACCUAUUCCUGGUCUUGUUACUCAGCACCAUCAACAAUCGAUAUCCCUUUUCAGACAACAUGGCAAUGACGGCUUGGGUGAUACGUUGGCACAACGUUACAUUAUUAUGCUGGCAAAGAAUUUCAUGUGCAAGUACGAAAACCUUUCCUAUCACGUACGCAGCAAGGAAUUCGGCUACAACGAUCGACUCAAGGAACUCCAUUCGAUUUCACUGCAACUUCAAAAAGAGGAGGGUUCGGCUGCGGCUACUGCCUUGGAGCGUUUCCUUCAAAUUAUCAAUGGCAGCAAUAUUGGUAUCAGCAGCUUUGAAUUAUCACGCUCAGGUGUCCUUGACGCAUUAUUGCAUUAUCUCACCAACGACGAUCCAUCACUUGCAACACGACGCACGGCAUUCUGUGACACACUUUUACACAACAAAGAUGACACAAACCAGCAAGCACUAUGUAAACUUAUAGACCGCUUACAGAUUGCCCUGAGCCGAUCAGAGCAGUUUCAAAUUGUGACACCUCUUGAAGCACCAAACGACGGAUUCCGUAACCCAAGCAACAUGCUCAACAAGCAAAUUCGUGUGCGUCUUAUCGGUGAAGGAGCCCUUGAACAACGCUCUUAUACGGUGCUGGUGCCCGUGGUAGCAAAGCUGAAGAUGCUGGAGGAAUACCUUGUGACGCGUGUUGGCCCACUCAUGAACGCUUCAACCUUAUCAUUGGACAACAUCCACUAUGAACCUUAUGAUGAUGAUUCGGAUGCAGAUUCCAUGUGUGACCCUGAUGUGAUUGAAUCGCUUGAUCGAGGACAAGAUACGGAUGAUGAAGAUGAAGACGAUGAGAAUGAUCCAAUGCAAAUCGAUGAUGAAGGCAAACGCACCCACGUCAACCAACAACAGCAAACACAAAAGAAACAAGGGGGACAAUGGAAAGUGCACUUUUUCGCACGAGGUGUUUCUGUCGAUCCCGAGACAACCAUUUAUGGUGCUAUUCAUCGUAGCCUAAGCAACAACAACAUGGGCCGCAUGGGCUUUUGGACAUCUUCAUUCUCUUUUUCUUUCCGAUUUGAACGAUCCACGCAAGAACAAGAACCAAAGAUACCUGAACCGACGACUACUACAGCAAUUCCUGCAAGCGUGGGGAAUGGCACAACGUGUGACAAGGUGCUUCAAUUGCUUGCAGCACUUUACCAGCUGAUUGAAAGCAGCAGCAGCAACAACAUUGGAAACCCACCUAUCAACGUCGACUUUGUCAAUCGCAAGUUGACCGGCAAGAUGCAACGGCAAUUGGAAGAAUCUUUGAUCAUUGCCAGUGGAUGUUUACCUGAUUGGACGUAUUGGCUUAUGCAAAAGUACAAUUUCUUAUUCCCAUUCGAGACGCGAUACCACUUUUUGCAAAGCACAGCUUAUGGUUACACACGGCUGAUGGCACGGUGGCAAAGUUUGCAAAUGCGUGGCAACAACAACAACAACAAUCAGGAUGGAGAAGGAGGAGGGCAACACCAUUUAUCAUUGCUUGAUGACCAGCAACAACAACAACCUCUUUUGCAUCAAUCCACACGACACAAGGUCAAGAUCCCUCGUGAAAACAUGCUCAUGUCAGCUACCAAAAUCCUUGAUAACUUUGGUGCGAUGGAAUCCACACUCGAAGUGCAAUACACAGGAGAAGAGGGUAGCGGAUUAGGACCUACAUUGGAGUUUUAUGCUGCUGUGUCCAAGGAAUUCAGCAAAAAGACACUUGCCAUGUGGCGUCAUGAUGAUGAGGAUGAUUCAGUUGGAGGAGAAUACGUGUCAAACAAAAACGGUUUAUUUCCAAUGCCCAUGGCACCUUUUCAAAAGACAACAUCCACUGGCAAAAUGACGCUCAAGCUAUUUGAAACUUUGGGUCGCUUUGUUGCCAAAGCCAUGGUGGAUUUCAGGAUCAUCGACAUGCCAUUUAGUCCAGCCUUCUUCAAGCUACUUUUUUCGGAAUCACAACUAGUGCUUCCUCCUCCUUCUCUUCAAUUGCUCAGGGAUAUUGAUCCGGUGUUGUGCAAUUCGCUACAAGUUUUACAAGACUUUGUUGACGAGAAACAAGCCAUCGUUUCGGAUGCAUCCAUGACGGCGGCGAAAAAGGCAUCGGCUCUAAGAACCAUUCACAGCCGUUUGGAGGAUCUGUGUCUGGAUUUCACGUUACCCGGGCAUCCCGAAAUUAUGCUGCAGGAGAAUGGCGAAAAUAUGGCAGUGACGAUCGACAAUGUCAAGGAGUAUAUGGACAUGCUAUUGGAUAUGCUUAUGGGAUCCGGCAUUCGAGAACAAAUGGCAAUGUUUCGAAAAGGCUUUAGCAGUAUCUUUGACUUGGAUCAUCUCAAAAUUCUGUCACCGGAGGAACUUGUUUCAUUGUUUGGUAACUCGGUGGAAGAUUGGUCAUAUUCAACUAUCUCGAGUGCCAUCCAUGCAGAUCAUGGGUACACCAUGGAAAGCCGUACUGUGCAACACUUGGUGGCCAUCCUUUCGGAAAUGACCCAGCAAGAACGACGCGACUUUUUGCAAUUCACUACAGGAAGUCCUCGUUUACCGAUUGGAGGGUGGCAUGCUAUGCGGCCUGUGUUUACAGUGGUGCGGAAACAAUGCGAGCCACCUCUUUUACCAGACGACUAUUUGCCAUCGGUGAUGACAUGUGCCAAUUAUCUCAAGCUUCCAGAUUAUUCCAACAAGCAAGUCAUGUAUCAACGACUCACCAAAUCCAUGUGCGAGGGCAAGAACUGCUUCCUUCUUUCAUAG